CGCCGGAAUUGAGACACCGGGGCGCCGGCGGGACUGGGAGCGGCAGGGGUCAGCGCGGGAAUCCCGGGGAGCCGGGCCAGAGCGUGGGGCGGCAGGGGGCCAGGGUGGCUAGGUCUGCAGUCUUUGGAGUUGGGGCUCCCCUCCCCGCCCCGUCUUUCCCCGCCGGCCUCCCCAAGUGGGGUCGAAGCCCCGGCGGGCGUCCCCGGCGAUGAGCCCGGACUCGAGGUGGCCGAUGUGACAGCAUGGGGGUGGACUUUGACGUGAAGACUUUCUGCCACAACUUGCGGGCAACUAAGCCGCCCUAUGAAUGCCCAGUGGAGACCUGCCGCAAGGUCUACAAGAGUUACAGCGGUAUUGAGUACCACCUGUACCAUUAUGACCACGACAACCCACCACCCCCACAGCAGACUCCACUCCGCAAGCACAAGAAGAAGGGACGCCAGUCACGCCCGGCCAACAAGCAGUCGCCUAGCCCCUCAGAGGUAUCGCAGUCACCCGGCCGUGAGGUGAUGAGCUACGCACAGGCCCAGCGCAUGGUGGAGGUGGACCUGCACGGCCGCGUCCACCGCAUCAGCAUCUUUGACAACCUGGAUGUGGUGUCAGAGGAUGAGGAGGCCCCCGAGGAGGCCCCCGAGAACGGCAGCAAUAAGGAGAACACCGAGACGCCGGCUGCUACUCCCAAGCCAGGCAAGCAUAAGAACAAGGAGAAGCGCAAGGACUCCAACCACCACCACCACCACAAUGCUUCUGCGAGCACCGCGCCCAAGCUGCCCGAGGUGGUGUACCGCGAGCUGGAGCAGGACACCCCUGACGCCCCGCCCCGGCCGACUUCUUACUACCGGUACAUCGAGAAGUCAGCAGAGGAGCUGGAUGAGGAGGUGGAGUAUGACAUGGACGAGGAGGACUACAUCUGGCUGGAUAUCAUGAACGAGCGGCGGAAGACGGAGGGUGUGAGUCCCAUUCCACAGGAGAUCUUUGAGUACUUAAUGGACCGGCUGGAGAAAGAGUCCUACUUUGAGAGCCACAAUAAAGGCGACCCCAAUGCGCUAGUGGAUGAGGAUGCUGUGUGCUGUAUCUGCAAUGAUGGUGAGUGCCAGAACAGCAACGUCAUCCUCUUCUGUGACAUGUGCAACCUGGCUGUGCACCAGGAGUGCUACGGUGUCCCCUACAUCCCUGAGGGCCAGUGGUUGUGCCGCCGCUGUCUGCAGUCACCCUCCCGUGCUGUGGACUGCGCCUUGUGCCCCAACAAGGGUGGUGCCUUCAAGCAGACAGAUGAUGGGCGCUGGGCCCAUGUGGUGUGCGCCCUGUGGAUCCCUGAGGUCUGCUUUGCCAACACGGUCUUCCUGGAGCCCAUCGACAGCAUUGAGCACAUCCCACCAGCUCGCUGGAAGCUGACCUGCUACAUUUGCAAACAGCGGGGCGAGGAGGAGGAUGAGGAGGAGGAUGAGGGUAAGAGCUGGAGCUCAGAGAAGGUCAAGAAAGCCAAGGCCAAGUCCCGGAUCAAGAUGAAGAAGGCGAGGAAGAUCCUGGCAGAGAAGCGGGCGGCGGCACCUGUGGUGUCUGUGCCCUGCAUCCCGCCACACAGGCUCAGUAAAAUCACUAACCGCCUGACCAUCCAAAGGAAGAGCCAGUUCAUGCAGAGGCUGCACAGCUACUGGACGCUGAAGCGGCAGUCACGGAACGGGGUCCCGCUGCUGCGUCGCCUGCAGACGCACCUGCAGUCUCAGAGGAACUGUGACCAAGUCGGGAGAGAUUCUGAGGAUAAGAACUGGGCCCUCAAAGAACAGCUUAAGUCCUGGCAGCGGCUUCGGCACGACCUGGAGCGAGCACGGCUGCUGGUGGAGCUGAUCCGCAAGCGGGAGAAACUCAAAAGGGAGACGAUCAAGGUCCAGCAGAUCGCCAUGGAGAUGCAGCUGACCCCGUUCCUCAUCCUCCUUCGAAAAACCUUGGAGCAACUCCAAGAGAAGGAUACAGGCAACAUCUUCAGCGAGCCGGUCCCUCUGUCUGAGGUAACCGAAUUGGACGAAGUGCCUGACUACCUAGACCACAUCAAAAAGCCUAUGGACUUUUUCACCAUGAAGCAGAACUUGGAGGCUUACCGCUACCUGAACUUUGAUGAUUUUGAGGAGGACUUCAACCUCAUCGUCAGCAACUGCCUCAAGUAUAAUGCCAAGGACACCAUCUUCUACCGGGCAGCAGUGCGGCUCCGUGAGCAGGGUGGUGCUGUGCUCCGCCAGGCCCGGCGCCAGGCAGAAAAAAUGGGCAUUGACUUUGAGACGGGCAUGCAUAUCCCCCACAGCCUGGCCGGAGACGAGGCCCCACACCAUGCCGAAGAUGCAGCAGAGGAAGAGAGGCUGGUCUUACUGGAGAACCAAAAGCACCUGCCAGUGGAAGAGCAGCUGAAGCUGUUGCUCGAGCGGCUGGAUGAGGUGAAUGCCAGCAAGCAGAGCGUGGGCCGCUCACGGCGUGCAAAGAUGAUCAAGAAAGAGAUGACGGCCUUGCGGCGGAAGCUUGCCCACCAGCGGGAAGCUGGACGGGAUGGGCCUGAGCGGCAUGGCCCCUCCAGCCGGGGCAGCCUGACACCCCACCCAGCAGGCUGUGACAAGGACGGGCAGACGGACAGUGCCGCCGAGGAGAGCAGCAGCCAGGAGACAAGCAAAGGCCUGGGUCCCAACAUGUCCUCAACCCCCGCACAUGAGGUGGGCAGGAGAACCUCAGUUCUGUUCUCCAAAAAGAACCCGAAGACAGCUGGACCGCCCAAGAGGCCGGGCCGGCCCCCCAAAAACCGGGAGAGCCAGAUGACCCCCAGCCACGGAGGCAGUCCUGUGGGCCCCCCCCAGCUCCCCAUCAUGGGCUCCCUGCGUCAGCGCAAGCGGGGUAGGAGCCCUCGGCCCAGUUCGAGUUCAGACAGCGACAGUGAUAAAUCCACAGAAGACCCCCCAAUGGACUUACCAGCCAACGGCUUCAGCGGUGGAAACCAGCCAGUAAAGAAGAGUUUCUUGGUAUACCGUAAUGACUGCAGCCUUCCCCGGAGCAGCUCCGACUCUGAGUCCAGCAGCAGCAGCAGCAGCAGCGCUGCCUCAGACCGGACCAGCACAACACCCUCAAAACAAGGCCGGGGCAAGCCCUCCUUCUCUCGGGGCACAUUCCCAGAGGACAGCAGUGAAGACACCUCAGGCACUGAGAAUGAGGCCUACUCCGUGGGCACUGGCCGCGGCGUGGGCCACAGCAUGGUGAGGAAGAGUCUGGGCCGGGGAGCUGGCUGGCUGUCAGAGGAUGAGGACUCCCCCCUGGAUGCUCUGGACCUGGUGUGGGCCAAAUGCCGAGGGUAUCCAUCGUACCCAGCUCUGAUCAUUGAUCCAAAGAUGCCCCGGGAAGGUAUGUUCCACCAUGGGGUUCCCAUCCCUGUGCCCCCACUGGAGGUGCUGAAACUUGGGGAACAAAUGACCCAGGAAGCCCGAGAGCAUCUCUACCUCGUCCUCUUCUUUGACAACAAGCGAACCUGGCAGUGGCUGCCCAGGACUAAGCUGGUUCCUCUGGGUGUGAACCAGGAUCUCGACAAGGAGAAGAUGCUGGAAGGCCGCAAAUCCAACAUCCGCAAGUCAGUACAGAUUGCCUACCACAGGGCUCUGCAGCACCGCAGCAAGGUGCAGGGCGAGCAGAGCAGUGAGACCAGCGAUAGUGAUUGAUACUGUCCAGCACAACCCAACCCACAGUGCCCUGCCACCUCCCUCCUUCCCUUUGCUCACUGUCUUGGAGUGGCACCGGCCUCUGCACUGACUCAUUCCUGGUCUUGAGGCCAGUCUCAGGGGAAGCUGGGUGGGGGAGGUCCCUCCCGCCCUGAGUGCAGCUGGACUGUACAGAACACUCCAAGGGCCCAUGGCGGCUCCACGCAAUGAGAGAGGAGGUCCCACAGGCCAGAAAGCUCCAGAGACCUCACGGCAUUGUAGCGCAGGGUGGUAAGCCAAGGUUAGGACACUGCGUAAAACAGGCCAUCCCAUCACCUACGCCUGCUCGUGCCAGGAGAAUCCCUAACCGCCUAGUGGCCUGAGGCCUCUGAGGUGGUAAGGUGAGGGGGCAUCUGCCCAGCCUAGCAGUGGGAUUGAUGUCUGUCCAGCCUGGAAGAGGGGCACUAGGUGACCCCCUCCCCUGCUGUUGUAAAUACUGUAAUUAGCGGAGAAUUUAAAUUAUUCUCAUUUGUAACUGCGUUUCCGGGUCGCGCCAGAGUCAUUUGGUACUAAAAAAUACAGGGGCCUGUCCCCAUUUCCCUUCUUCCCAUAGAUUCCCCCACCUUUCAAACUGGUUUGUAUUUAUUUCAAAGGAAGAAAAUAUAUUGAUUCUUAGAAAAUGAA